UAGGCUUCCGUUGAAUUUUUAAUCAUUUUAGUUAUUUUCAUCAACUACUAGUCUUGUACUAUUCACAGUCAACGGUCUUGGUUUUGUGAUCAUAUCUUUAUAAAUAUGAUUGCCUCAUGCUGUCCAUUCUCAUCUUUGGGUGGAUAAGGUGUUGAUCCUACAGUACUACUCCAUUGGGAUCUGAUUUCUGUUUUCUUGGUGUUGAAAGCUUUCAGUUUCAGAAAUGGCGCAAUUUGGUGGAAAUCCCUUCUUCAGUUGCAGAAAUUGCCAAAAUCCUCUUGCGCUGCGUGAUGAUCUUGUAUCUAAAAAGUUUGUGACAAAAUCGGGGGCAGGAUAUAUGUUCUCUCAUGCAAUGAACAUCAUUGUGGGACAAAAGGAGGACAGGAAGUUGAUGACUGGCGUUUUCUCUAUAGCUGACAUAUUUUGCAGCAACUGUGGGGAGGUCUUGGGUUGGAAGUACGUUCGAGCUUAUGAAAUAUCUGAGAGGUACAAGGAAGGCAAAUUUAUAAUUGAGAGAGCAAAGAUUGCCAAAGAGUACUAAUAGUAAUUCCCCCCCAUUACAAUUUACAAGGCACUUUGCUGCUCAUAAUAAUUCCAUUUGGAAACUCUUUUUUCACUUGUUUGUUUGUUGAGAAAUGUAGAUUCUCAUCUUUUUUAUAUUUAUAAUUUGGGACAAAUUUGGAUUCGGAGGCGCAA